UCUCCCUCCUCUGGCGGAUGGAUCGCGCCGCUGAAGCCGGGCAGCCUGAGCGCUGACACAGGAGCAGGUUGCCCACCGCCCGCUCUCCUCUCCCGCUGCUGGAUGUCUCACCGACCGACCCUUAAGUAAAAACACUUCGCCACCCAGCAAAAAGAGGUUACUUUGUUUCAUUUUUUUCAUCCCGGGCAGGAAGCGACCCGCUUCCCCUCACCAUGGCUUCCAACUUCAACGACAUAGUCAAACAAGGAUACGUGAGGAUACGGAGUAAGAAACUGGGGAUCUUCCGGAGGUGUUGGCUUGUGUUCAAGAAGGCUUCCAGUAAAGGACCCCGCCGGUUAGAGAAGUACCCAGACGAGAAGGCAGCCUACUUCAGGAGCUUCCACAAGAUCACUGAGCUCCAUAACAUCAAGAACAUUACCCGGAUGCCGCGGGAGACAAAAAAGCACGCUGUGGCGAUCAUCUUCUGUGACGACACGUCCAAGACAUUUGCCUGUGAAUCAGAGCUGGAUGCAGAGGAAUGGUGUAAGCUGCUGUGCGUGGAGUGCCUGGGCAGCCGUCUCAACGACAUCAGCCUGGGAGAGCCAGACCUGUUAGCGGCGGGGGUGCAGCGGGAGCAGAACGAACGUUUCAACGUGUACCUAAUGCCCACGCCGAAUCUGGACAUCUACGGGGAGUGCACCAUGCAGAUCACCCAUGAAAACAUCUACCUGUGGGACAUUCACAAUGCACGCCUCAAACUUGUCAUGUGGCCUCUCAGCUCCCUGCGCAGAUACGGACGAGACUCCACUUGGUUCACUUUUGAGUCCGGAAGGAUGUGUGACACAGGAGAGGGUUUGUUCACGUUCCAGACGCGGGAGGGGGAGAUGAUCUACCAGCGGGUCCACUCGGCCACGCUGGCCAUUGCCCAGCAGCAUGAGAGGAUGAUGGAGGAGAUGGAGAAGAGCUCCCAGAUCCACCCUAGAGAGACGCUAACCAAGUCCAUCUCCCUGCCACGCAGCGCCUACUGGCAGCACAUCACGCGUCAGAACAGCGUGGGAGAUCUCUACAGUUACCAAGGGAGUAGUGGAAGAGCAGCGGACAGAGGAAACGGCCUGACAAUGACUUUUAUCCCUCGAGCACAGACGUUCCCCAGCUUUCUGUCUGAUGAGCAGGAGGAGAGCCAGCACCAGGAAGAGGCACCAUCGCCCUCUAGUGGCUGUGAAUCCAGUUGCAGCCUGAGACCCCUUCAAUGACAGAGAAUUGCUCCACCAAAACUGGACACUUUACCCACCACUGUAGAGAGGAUGUAGAAAUAUGUAUAGCGACAUGUGUAAUAUAUAAUUUCCUGUUCAAACAAUAGUGUCAACUGUAGAGCGAGUGGUGCACUGAAAGGAUCCUGAAAAGGACCUUUUUUGUGUGUGUUGUGUGACAGCCGCAGUAGCUUCAAAGAUUGCACCAAAAAUCCUGUAAGCGUAGUUUGAAAGUGUUUUAUGUUGUCAUUAUGCUGUUGAAGGCAACAGGACCCCAAUCUUCUUCUUUUUUUUUUUUUAAGUCACUGCACUACAAGAGGUACAAACACACCACAAUGUAAAACAAUGUUUAAAAAAGGCUUCAAAAUCACACAAGGCUCAUUCCAACAAUUUGCAGCCUCAGCUACCAUUUCAUGAGAAAAUACAUCAAUUUUGGAACAAUCCUUCCAUACUUACAGUACUUUGCUCCCUCUCUAGAAUGUGAAAUUGAUCAAUGCCUUACACAGGGGCAACUUUACUUUGAUGGCAGUGAUGAAUCAGCUAAAGCCCUGAACCCAGUGAAACCUGAGCAUAUUUUCUUGAAUUCUUAAAAAAAAUAAAAUAAA